CUUGCAUGCAGGAAUCAACCAGAACCGGAUGAGGUCAACAGCACCGACCGGAUGAGGUCAACAGCACCGAAACAUCGAUAACACAGAGCAUCGUUGGAAAGGGAAUGGUUUCUUUCAUUCCAUCCUUCAUCUCACAAAACCAAAAAGCAGAACUUUCAAAAAGCAAAACACAAAAUAAGACAUUCCAAUAUGAACUUCUCCAAAAUUGCUGUCACCGCCCUCAGCUUCAACUAUUCACCUUGGUUUGUCCAAGGAGAAGAAAUAAAGCAUAAGGUAGGACCGUGGGAGCUCCAUCCAAUCGGUAACGAUGUCGAAGGCACCAGAUUUGGUACGGUUAGAGCCGAUACGGAUGCAGUCACGAUUAAACUCCACGUUGAAGGAAGCUUUGAUGAUCAACCAACAAUUGAGGUGUUUUCAGGAGUCGCAGACGGCGAGGCAUGCGCCACAGGUACCAUGAUUACUACGGAAGGCAUUGACACUCUGUUCAGUACUGUUUCCGAGAGUCCAUUGAACGAAUUGCGGGUUACAAGUGAUGGGGCGAUAGGUACGUUAAGCCAGUAGCGACAACGAUAUGUGGAUGCCAAAAAAAGUAAUCCUCAUCAUACUCUACCUUUUUUCUUCCAUCUUACUGUUGUUCUUAGGUCUUGUCAUCAUCGGAAUGUCCCUACACAAUGAUUCAUUCUGGACAGCAAUAAAUGAGGACAACACGGAUGUUGGUACUUUCAACGCAUGUGUUCGGGUUACCAAGAAGCACGAUGGCAAUUAUGUCUCCUUUGUUGAUACAUCAAUUAAGGUAAACAUCAAUGCAGAAGGGAAGUUCCAGACGUUUGAGAAUGCCAUUACGGUUGUGGGCACCAGCAUGAAAUCAUUGGAACAGAAUCAAACAAAGGAAAUCGUUAUGGACUCCUAUCUGUGUGGACCCUCUGAUUCAGGAAACCCAGAACGCUCCUACAAGAUUGGCCAGAGCUUCUCCAUCUGCGUUGGUCCUACUGAGGCAGAGAAGAAUAACUAUGACUAUGUUGCUGUGGUUGGGUUCGAAGAUGUUACAUGUGCCAAGACAAUCAAGGUGGUGGAAGACGGAGAUAAGACGGCACUGACAACCGUCACCACUAAUCCUGAAGGUUACAAGAAGGCUGGUGAAGGCACUGUUGGAACGGGCUUUUCGUCUUUUGAAACUGUAGUGACUCCAGAGUAUUAUACUGGAGUUAUUGCACCCAAUGAAGCUUCGGUCACGUGCUCAGGCACGGUGGAGCUGAGCUUCACCGACCCAAACCCCCCAGCCCCAAAGUUUACGCAGGUGGGAUGCCAAAACUACGUCCUUUAUGAUAGAAUUAAUUACGACAUGGAAGCUGAUGGGGCCGAAUCUGAUGUGCAAGCGUGCAAUGAUCACUGCCAUACCCGUGGUUAUCCGUACUUCAUACUCAUUUGCCCCUUCACAAAUGAAAAUGGGGAAAAAAAAAUUGACUGCGCCUGCCACAGUUUCUUCUUACCCCACCUUGACUGUGAUACGCGUGGUGUUGAAAAGACUGGCCAAUGUGACCCGUCUCUAGUCAGCAGUGACUAUAAGUUUGGAGUCGGCCCUCCCGUAACUAUCGACGACACAUACCAGGCGAUACAAUCCCCAGUCUACCAAGUGGUGCCAAACUCCCCAAGCACAAAGUAUGAGAAGGCGGGAUGCAUUGAUCAUGGUUUUCCGUAUAAUCCUACUGAUAAAGCUACAUUUCCCCUGACAAAUGCUGGGAGCGAAUCUGAUGCGACGAAAUGCAAUGAUCAUUGCGCGAAUCUUAAUAAACAAUAUUUUGUUUUGGAUUGCCCUAAUGGAAGUGAUGAUGAACGCAUCUACACCUGUUCAUGCGCAGAUGCGACAACUUCAUCUUUAACAGACGGUAUAUGCCCUGGUGAAAGCCCAACUGAGGGCUACUCCAAAAGCGGCAGCUUUGAGCCCAACUGUAAAGCAGAUUAUAUCAGUAACAGUGAGUACGGUUUUGGUUUCCUCCGCAUUCAUCCCACUAAAUACAAUAUCAUGGCGAGUCCGGCCUACCAAGUGGUGGCGCCCGGAGAGCGCCGAUUGACCGCCAGCUUCUCAACCAACAGUGGCGAUCUCUUGCAGCGCCACCUCCAAGAAAGCGGCAACCAGGAGGACACCCGUGGCUCCUUUGGCACCGAGGUUCUUCUCUCGCGAGAGGACAACGCUGUCUUUGGCAAUCUUGCGGCACCUGCAGCAGACACCGGCGCCGUGCCAAGCACCGCAAUGGCAAGCGCUGCCGGCGCCCUUGUUGUUGCCGCUGCUGCUGCCCUGGCCUGAGACGGACGAGGACCAUUUGUAAAAAUCGGACAAGGACAAGCUUGAAGACACACCAGUACUUGUCCCCCAAAAAGAUAUUUCAUGUUCAGGGGCCAAAAGAUACAUCGGCUGCCGCCGGCCCGCCCGUUGAGGCGUAAAACAAAACCAAAGAAAAAACAAAAAAUGCUAUCCAGYCGCCCCCUGUGGCGUUAAACAAAACAAAAGAAACAAC